GGUGCUGGGUGGGCAGACACUAUGGCGGCGGUAGCGCAGUGCGUGUGGGGUGCGCUCCGCUCGCGGUCCCCGCUGCUGAGCUUGACGCUGAGGACCUCUCCACGACUGCUUUGUGUGGCAACACAGCAGAAGAGCACUGGCCAGAACUUGGAAGAAGACCAGGGUCAGAGCCACAAUGAGCAGAAGGCUGAACCCACUGCUGCUGAAAGAAUGCUAACUGAGGAAAAGGCCAAACUGGAAGAGCAGCUCAAGGAAGUUACUGAUAAGUACAAGCGGGCCUUGGCAGAUGCAGAAAACGUGAGGCAGAGAAGCCAGAAACUAGUAGAAGAGGCGAAGUUAUACGGUAUUCAGAGCUUCUGUAAGGACUUGCUAGAAGUCGCAGACAUUUUGGAGAAAGCAACAGAAAGCGUUCCAAAAGAAGAAAUCAAAGAUGAAAAUCCUCACCUGAAGAGCCUAUAUGAAGGUCUUGUUAUGACAGAAGUACAGAUCCAGAAAGUGUUCAAAAAACACGGGCUGCUCAGACUGAACCCUGUCGGAGCCAAGUUCGACCCCUACGAACACGAAGCAUUGUUCCACGCUCCCAUGGAAGGGAAGGAGCCUGGCACUAUUGCAUUAGUAUCCAAGAUUGGAUAUAAGCUGCACGGGCGUACGCUGCGGCCCGCCCUCGUGGGUGUUGUGAAGGACGCUUAGCUGCUGAAUCAGAUAAUUUGCAAUGCCAUACAAUUAUUAAACAGCUGGAUGGUUUUUCUCUUACAUCGUGCUUUCCUUAUUCCUCUGUCCCUCAAGAGGUUUCAGUGAACCAGUCAAGGUCUCCCCGUGAAAACGAAGCAAACAAUGACAUUCUAUUGCUUAGUGGCCUUCAACAGUGUUCCUUCAGCUCUCCUCUUUCAGUAAUACUUGUUAAAACCAUGGCUACUGAAGGUACAUUAAAAUGAAAUGACCAAAAUGCUCACAGUUCUGCAAUCUUGUGUUUAUCACUGUGUAAACUGAAGAUCCGAUCAGUGGUUCAGAUGGUUCCUUUUGCUUUGUAGAACAUAAUGCUGCAAAAGUGGGCAAAGUCGUACAGAUAAUCAGUUGUCUGCAAGUAUCCAUUGGCUUUUUGGCUGAUGUAAGCUCCCAUUUUUGUAGUAUGCCUAUUGAGAAACAGUCUCUCUCAACAACUUAAAUAGAAACAUUUGUGAAUUCUGACCUGCAAAUAAAAGGCAAAGGAGAGCUGACAUCCUUUGUAAUUGUUCAGCCCUUUUAGAUCAAUAGUCAAGUUGACUCAAGAAAACCAUCUAAUAGUUGUAUGGCAUUGAAGAACCAAUACAACUUAUCCUAUCUCUGGAUUUUUAAUUUAAUAUUGUAUAAAUUGAUUUAAAGGAUUUUGAUAGACUUGUAAUCUUCAAGCUCUGCAAUCAGUUUGUUAUGCAAGCUGUAGUUAAAAUGCCACCGAGAGUCAGAAUACACGAAGAAGUGAGUAGCUCAGAGUUUGGUAUCUGCUACAUUUAAAACUACACAAUUAAUUGCAUUGUAAGUGGCUCAAACAAAAAUGUGAACUCAGCUUCAUUUCUUGUUUGCUCACCUUGGAUCUUAGGCUGCAACAGAGCUUUCCCAUACACAGCUCUUGUCGUGUGUAACUCCACCUGCUGCACCCUGUGCUGCAGAAUUAAGCUAAAAUACAGUGCCAUGAGUGGCGGAGUGCUCUGCUCUGUGUUCACGUGCUCAUGUUGAUAGGAGUGGAUGAGAUCUGACAAACUACACAUCUGACAGUGUCUUCUGUCAGAUCCUCAAAGCCCGUACAUUUAACACACCAGACUGAAACAUCAGAGUUACAUAUGUUAUUUAGGACCUCGUAUUGUAACAGUAAGGACUUCUGAAUCUUCCAUCCUCACUGCUGGUUGUUUGGAUUAAGGAGCUUCUUAAGUUCAAGUGUUGGUUGAGACUGAGAUUUUUGUAAUGAAUUUACCAACUCCUUUGA